AUGGGAUACAUUGAUCGAGGCAAUGGACCGAGUCUGGUCGCAUGUACGGUUGUACCGUUUGUUUUGACUUGGGCGUUCUCCUCUGUGAGGAUAUAUGUCCGGAGGUUUGUGUUGAAAAUAUGGAAGAUUGAGGAUUGGUUAUUUCUCGCUAGUCAGGCGUCCUUCUCGAUUUUGACGAUGUGUGCUUUUAUUGCUACGAUUUAUGGAAAUGGACAACACUUGAAAACAGUCUCGCAGAAAGACUUGCCAAUAGUCAUGAAAUACUGGUACUCCUCAGAACUAAUUUACGUCGUCACCUCCCUCCUCAUCCGCCUCUCAAUCGGCUUCUUCCUCCUCCGAAUCUGCACUCUAAAAGCACAUAUCUGGACUAUUCGAGCAGCAAUGUGCACCAUGAUCUUCGUCUCCAUAAUGUACUUCGGAUUUAUGGUCUUCCAGUGCAAACCUGUAUCCUAUUUCUGGCAUCGCUUCACCGAUGGUGUGGGAAAGUGCUUCACGCCUACACUCGUCACUAAUCUCACGAUUGUUUUCUCUGUCUUCGUGGCUGUUACGGAUCUUAUAUUCGGUAUCCUGCCUAUCUUUGUGAUCUGGGAUUUGAACAUGAAUCGUAAGACGAAGAUGAUCGUAGGAGGCUUGUUGACACUGGGUAUUCUCGCCGGCCUCUCCGUCAUAAUCCGCAUAAUCUACAUCAACAGCCUCGGCAACCCCGAAGAAGACUUCACAUUCCUCACCUUCCAAGUCGCCAUCUGGUCCAUCAUCGAGCCCGCCAUCGGCAUAAUCUGCAUGGCUAUAACCACCUACCGCCCACUCUUCAAAUCCCUUGCCGACAAAAUAUCCCAAGCCUCACGCUCUCACACCACAACGACUCAUCCCCACAAUAACACUAUCAUGACCAACCCCAAUCUCAACACCAAAUCAAAAUCCAAACUCAAAACAAGGAAGUUGUCAAUCCACUUACAUAGCAAACCACUGCAGUCGAGAAGCAGGAGUAGGAGCGGGUAUACGACGAAUGAGAGUUCGGAGCAUUUACAUGCGUUUGAGGAUAUGUUGGAGAUGGAGGGUUUCCAGAGACAGCCUAGUGUGACGGGUGGGAGGGGGAAGGGGAGUGGGAGAGGGAAGAAGGAUGAUGAUGAGUGGGAUGAAGAGGAUAUUACGAAGAACGGGAUUAUUAUGAGUACGACUGUGGAGAUACAUCGAUCGCCGAAAGACGAUGAUGAUGUUGUUUGAUGAAAUUUUAAUGCAUUGAUUAUUUUUGAACGCUUGAGCUUGUUUUUUUUUUUUUUUUUUUUUUUUUUUUUGUUUAUACCCAACUCCAUUUGUUGAUUGCUU